AUGGGUCUUAUAAAUCACGUCUUCAAUGCAGACAGCCUGAAGAAGCUGUACGUUUCAAACCUUGGUAUUGGGCACACGAGGUACUCCACCUCGGGAAUUUCUGAGCUGCAGAACUGCCAGCCUUUUGUUGUAGAGACUCUUCAUGGGAAGAUCGCUGUGGCACACAACGGGGAGCUAACAAACGCUGUACGACUCAGGAGGAAGCUUAUGCGGCAUGGUGUAGGACUGUCGACCAGUUCUGACAGUGAGCUGAUCACCCAGCUGCUGGCCUUCACACCUCCUCUAGAAAAUGACGAUACAGCUGACUGGGUAGCAAGAAUAAAAAAUUUAAUGAAUGAAACUCCAACUUCAUAUUCAUUGCUAAUUAUGCAUAAAGACAUAAUCUAUGCAGUACGUGAUCCGUAUGGGAAUCGCCCACUCUGCAUUGGUCGCCUUAUUCCAGUAGGGGACAUGAAUGGAAAAGGAAAAGAUAACAGUGAAACAGAAGGAUGGGUAGUCUCUUCUGAAUCCUGUAGCUUUUUGUCUAUCGGUGCAGAGUACUAUCGUGAGGUCCUUCCUGGAGAGAUUGUGAAAAUAUCCAGAUAUGAUGUCCAGACACUGGAUGUUGUACCAAGACCUGAAGGAGAUCCGUCAGCAUUCUGCAUCUUUGAAUAUGUUUAUUUUGCAAGACCAGACAGUAUUUUUGAAGGUCAGAUGGUGUAUUCAGUCAGGAGAAGAUGCGGGCAGCAGCUUGCUAUUGAAGCACCCGUGGAAGCAGACCUGGUCAGCACUGUUCCAGAGUCUGCAACCCCAGCAGCUCUUGGUUAUGCUCAAAAGUGUGGGCUGCCAUAUGUUGAAGUACUCUGUAAAAACCGGUAUGUAGGAAGAACGUUUAUCCAGCCAAAUAUGAGGUUACGGCAACUUGGUGUUGCAAAGAAGUUUGGCGUUCUGUCUGAUAAUUUUAAAGGCAAGCGAGUUGUUAUCAUUGAUGAUUCAAUUGUGAGGGGCAAUACCAUUUCACCCAUAAUAAAACUACUGAGAGAAUCAGGAGCCAAAGAGGUGCACAUCCGUGUGGCUUCACCUCCCAUAAGAUUUCCUUGUUACAUGGGAAUAAACAUUCCAACUAAAGAAGAACUCAUUGCCAACAGACCUGAAUUUCAUGAUCUUGCAAACUAUAUAGGAGCAGACAGUGUUGUCUAUCUUUCUGUGGAAGGGCUGGUAUCGUCCGUGCAAGAAAGCAUCAAAGCAAGACAAGAGAAUGAGAACAGCCUUAAAACCCAGAAAUCACGCGUUGGAAAGAUUGGUCAUUGCACAGCGUGUCUCACUGGAGAGUAUCCUGUAGAGCUAGAAUGGUGA